AUCUAACGGCACUGAUCCAAUCCCCUCCUGGUAUCGAGUAAAGUUCAGCUCAUCAUCCCCAGACUUGGCCAUAACUCAAGGGGCCAGUGACGUGGUCCUUCUUCAAGCAGAGCAGCCGUCGCUUUCCAUAACACGUCAACGUCAAGAUCGAAUUUGCCACUAUGAGUUUCAUGCGAAGCGCUAUUCCGGUGGUCCUGGCGGUAGGACUGGGCGUCUUCAACGCACAAUAUGUCUUCAAGCCCGCGCUCGAAGACGAGGCCAAGAGAAGAGAUCAGUGAGUACAAGAUGAUGAUAUGGUUACGUUUAACAAUCUACUGAAUCAAAUGCAGACAUGCUGUAGAAAAGGGUACAGCCCAGCAUGCUGCCGCCGUUGCAAAGGCCGCGGAAGCGCAGGCACCUGUGGCAAAAUCAUGAUAGGCGCAGGCGGCAAAUCUGUCAAGGAUAAUCAACCAUACGGGCCCCUCGCUCAAAACGGUCCAGUUUAUGCAAAUCCAUCAGGUCUGGUUAGAGGAAUCAAACCAAAAUCUGCAUGAAGCCUUGAUCACUUUCAUUGCUUGUGGUGUGGUAGUUGGAACUGGUUGCUAAUCAAGGCGACCGCCGCCUUCUGUGCCAAAUAGUGCGCAGAUAAAGUUUGCGGAUAGUCUCAACAUUUGACGUUCCCGUACCGCGAUCGGUCGUCUAGCAGGCGCAAUGAACCCUGGUACCUGUGCCAGAUGUCAUACAUGUACUCUUCCUAGGUUCGUCAUGAUCUUAGAUAUGAUGGGCGGUGAACUUGGUUAUUGCUACAAGGGGCAUGCGUCGUCAUGAUACAGAACUCAAUGUGCAGAGGUUGAUGCGUUGAUAAUUAGCAGCGCGGUCAAGAAUACAUUAAUAACCAACGAUAUGCUUUU